UACUCAGUUCAUCAAAUCAGUACUUAUCCAUUAGCUAUUUACAAAAUUUGUUUUACUACUUCGAAAAGUGAGAAAACCUUCUUGUUAUAACACUAUUAUGGCGUUCUUCAAGAUUCUCGUGUUGCUAUUAUUAAACUUCUCUUGUUUCCGUCAAGCACAACUCUCCCCUACUUUCUACGACCAAAGUUGCUCAAACGCUCUAUCAACCAUCCGAUCCUCAAUCCGAACCGCCAUAAGCCGUGAACGUAGAAUGGCUGCUUCUCUCAUCCGUCUCCAUUUCCACGACUGCUUCGUUAAUGGUUGUGAUGCAUCGGUUAUGCUCGUUGCAACUCCUACCAUGGAGAGUGAGAGAGAUGCAGUCCCAAACUUUCAAUCAGCGAGAGGGUUUGAAGUUAUCGACCAAGCCAAAUCUGCUGUUGAGAGAGUGUGUCCUGGUGUCGUUUCUUGCGCUGAUAUCAUUGCCGUUCCCGCUAGAGACGCUUCUGAAUACGUCGGAGGUCCAAGAUAUGAAGUGAAGGUUGGCCGGAGAGAUUCCACCGCUGCGUUUAGAGCUAUUGCAGAUAGUGGCGAUCUCCCCAGUUUCAGGGCAAGUCUCGACGAGCUCUCUGAUCUCUUCCUUCGAAAAGGUCUCAACACUAGAGACCUUGUCGCUCUCUCAGGAGCUCAUACAUUAGGGCAAGCUCAAUGCGUAACGUUCAAGGAAAGGCUGUACGACAACUCGAGUGACAUCGACGCCGGAUUCUCGAGCACACGUAAGCGUCGCUGUCCGGUCAACGGUGGGGAUACGAAUCUAGCACCUCUUGAUCAAGUGACACCAAACUCGUUCGACAAUAACUACUACAGAAACUUGAUGCAGAAGAAAGGACUUUUGGCGAGUGAUCAGGUUUUAUUCGGAGCCGGAGCUUCUACGGACAGUAUUGUGUCGGAAUAUAGCAGAAACCCUUCUAGAUUUGCGUCUGAUUUUGCAGCUGCAAUGAUCAAGAUGGGAGAUAUUCAAACACUCACCGGCUCAGCUGGACAAAUCCGAAGGAUAUGCACUGCUGUUAAUUAAUACAUCUCUCCAAGAAAGUUUGAUGACUUUCUAAAAUUCAUGUUAUUAUUUUUUUUAC